AAGCAACUCUGCAAGGCUUUGCUCUGCUCAGCAGGCUGCUGAGUUUGCUGCAGAUGCAAACCAGAAAUCCAACCUUCUACUUGCCUACGUACCACCACAGGGUUAUAUGUCUUCUUGCCUCUUGCUCCUUCCCCCAAACCUCUGUUCUCAAAAGGAAGCUUUGUUCUGCUGCUAGCAAUGCAUCCUGAGACGCGGCUGUGUUGGUGUUGCCCUGCUUUCUGUGUGUGGGCAUUCGUGCUCACAUCCUUGAUUAAAGGUACUACAGCCUGCGAAUCAGAGGAACGUUUAUUUCACAAACUCUUCUCCCAGUACAACCAGUUCAUUAGACCGGUGGAAAAUGUGUCUGAUCCUGUCACGGUGUAUUUUGAACUGGCCAUUACCCAGCUUACAAAUGUGGAUGAAGUCAAUCAAAUUAUGGAAACAAAUUUGUGGCUAAGACACAUUUGGAAUGACUACAAACUGCGAUGGGAUCCCAGACAAUAUGAUGGCAUUGAAUUUGUUCGGGUACCAGCAGAUAAAAUUUGGAAACCAGAUAUUGUCUUGUAUAAUAAUGCUGUGGGAGAUUUUCAAGUUGAAAGCAAGACCAAAGCCCUCCUUCGCUAUGAUGGAAUGAUCACAUGGACCCCACCAGCUAUUUUUAAAAGCUCCUGUCCUAUGGAUAUUACUUUUUUCCCAUUUGACCACCAGAACUGUUCACUCAAAUUUGGCUCAUGGACCUAUGACAAAGCCAAAAUUGAUCUUCUGAUCAUUGGAUCCAAAGUAGAUAUGAAUGACUUUUGGGAAAAUAGUGAAUGGGAAAUAGUUGAUGCUUCUGGCUACAAACAUGAUAUCAAAUAUAACUGCUGUGAAGAGAUCUACACAGACAUAACAUAUUCUUUUUAUAUCCGAAGGUUGCCAAUGUUCUACACCAUAAAUCUGAUCAUUCCCUGUCUUUUCAUCUCAUUCCUGACUGUGUUAGUUUUUUACCUGCCAUCUGACUGUGGUGAGAAAGUUAAUCUUUGCAUCUCAGUGCUUCUUUCUUUGACUGUAUUUUUACUGGUGAUCACAGAAACAAUCCCAUCCACCUCUUUAGUAAUUCCCCUAGUUGGUGAAUAUUUACUCUUCACAAUGAUAUUUGUGACUCUGUCAAUUGUCAUCACAGUGUUUGUCCUCAAUAUACAUUACAGGACUCCAAUGACACACACAAUGCCCAAAUGGGUAAAAACUGUCUUUCUUAGCCUGCUCCCCAGAGUCCUGUUGAUGCAGAGGCCACUAGAACAGCAGAAAAAAAACACCUCCAGGAAAAACAAGAAAGUAUCAGACAGUAAGUUGGGCAAGUCAAAGCACAGCAAGCAGAAAGAUACCAAACUGCACAAGGAGCAGCGGUGCAGUCACUGUGAUCAGGCAACUGAGCUCCCCACCACCAAAAGACAGCUGAGCCAUCAGUCACUGAGGUGGAUGGCAGAGCACAUGGAGUACUCCCCAGAGGUGAAGGAUGUCAUUAGCAACGUCCAGUUCAUCGCAGAGAACAUGAGAUCUCAAAACGAAACCAAAGAGGUGGAAGAUGAUUGGAAAUACAUAGCUAUGGUGAUAGACAGAGUAUUUCUCUGGGUAUUUAUAAUCCUGUGUGUGUUUGGGACUGUGGGGCUCUUUAUCCAGCCACUAAUAGCAGAAACAUAAAUCCACUGCUUUUU